AUGGCACCAAAGUCGACUGAUGACAACUUAGCAUUUCUCUACAAAUGUCUUCAAGCAACUCCCGCAAAGGCAAGGAUAUUCGCUGCUGCAACUGAUUUGAACGUACCUGCUGCUCGGAUGAGGUUCACGAGAUUGAAAGACAAGCUCGAGGGUGGUGCCGAUCUUGCAACUACCCGUGCUUCCAAUGCAACUCCUGGUCAGAAAGCUCCACGCCAAGUCCCAGCCAUUGCUAGAGAUCCUCCAAUGCGCAAAGCCCGCUGUGUCACCAGGAACGGCAAUGAAGGACAGAUGGCUACCAAGCAGAUCGGCUCAAGACCACUGCGCCGAAGCCAAAAGCUCGAAAAACGUCAAACUCGAGGAAAGAAGCUCAACUACAAUCUUUCCGAUCUGCAAAGAUAUGAAGACGACGACAGCGAUGGCUCCGACCUCACUGAGUCGACCAGCUUUGACAGUGAUGGCGACUUCUGUGUUGAUGAGCCUGGUCCGCGCAGCCAAGUCGAUUCUGGUCUGAACUUUGAUUCGGAGAGGGAGACCAAACCUGCCAGCAAACGUGUUAAGAAGCAACCACCCGUCGAAGUCACCGGCAUCAAUGGAAGGCAGAUCUUGAACAAUCGCAAGCAUAGAAUGGCCGUGGCCAAAGGGAUUCCUCCUUCCAAACAUCAACUUUCAGCGAACCAGGUCCCUAUCAUAAAGCGUAUCCCAACUUCUCAGAAGAAAGGUCCCGUGGAGUUGAUCCUUCCAUUGUUCGAUCAGCCGAUCCCAAGCAUUGAAGCCUCACCACCUUGCAGCAUUGCCUCCAGCUAUGACCAAACUGGAAGCGAGAGUGACUCCGACAUCACGCGUUUGCAACCCGGGACGCUCCUCUACUUCGGUUCUACUGGCGGUGCCGGUCUUUUGGGCAGCCCACCCAGCAAAGGAAAACAUGCACAUGCUACCAGUAGCCCGCCAGUCCCCAGUAUAGUUGAGAGAACUUCUCAAAUCUCCGCCUCUCCAGACUCAGCCGGUGUCGUUCUCCAAAUAGAGCCGAAGAAUCACGUUCUGGAUGUCACUCCCGACGACAGUGUUUCCAUGGCCAACAAGAAUGAUCUCGAGGAGAGAUUUAAUCUGCGCCCAAGCCCCAAAACUCCUUCGUCUACGACUGGUGAGUGGUUCUCUUGCAUCCUGUUUCUCGAAAUCCGUGCUUUUCGUUCGCUCAUGGGACCUGGGAAACUGAUUGAGCGAUUUUGA